AUGGCAGCGCGCGGGGUGUCGGUGUCGGCGGCGGCGAGCGCAGCCCUGUGGAGAGGCGCCGGGCGGCCGCUGCUGGUGGCGACGUUGGCGCUGGCGCUGGCGCUCGCCGCCGCGCAGGCGCAGGCCCGCUCGCAGCAGUUUGCGCGCGGCCAGAAGGUCGACACAAAAUGGCAGUCCAUGAUAUCAGCUGAUGUCAUGCGAAGAGAAAUAUCUCUUCCUUCCGCUGAUUCUGAAAGGAUAUUAGGGAUAUAG